UUCCGGUUCAAGACUUCCGGUCGCCUAAACAGCCUGCUACAACGCUGGCCUGCGGCGUGUUUGGUGCCAGUUGUCGGAGAAAGUGAAGCCAGUUGAGUGAUUUUAUUGGUAUAAUGUCCAGUAGUUACUUUAGAGAGCUGGACGAACUAGCGAAGCAGCGCUACCGGCAGAAGCUGACCAUCUCCGGCGAGGAAUUUCCCGACCCUUUGGACUCCGCUGUUCUUGCCUAUGCAUUUUCAACGGACGCCCGUCACUGGCCGCGAGUUGAAAUCGGCGACAUCUACGUUUAUCUCGUCGAGGGAACGUGCUUCUACACAAGAGAACAAUUCAAGAGCUAUAAGCUCGAAGAUGGCUACAACCUGUUCCUAAGUGGCAAAGUACGCAAACUGCGCGCAUUUGAGGCCACAAUUGAUAGUGUCGUGAUAGUUCUCGUCACCGGGGAAGUGGAGGCAAGCCAGACGCUUGGGCGAUACCACCAGCCGUGGGCCGUCACGAAGAAAGAAGGCACCGUGUUGAGCGCACACUGCACCUGCAUGGCAGGGCUUGGCGAGGCGUGCAGCCAUGUCGCGGCGCUCCUCUUUCGCGUUGAGGUGGAUGUCAAGUUUGAAAUGACCGAUCCAAGCUCGACAUCUGUCGAAUGUCGCUGGAUUACAGCGUCUUCGAGUGCACAGGCAGCUCCAGUGGCGGCAAUUGAUUUUAUCAAGCCUUCGAGGAAGAGGCAGCUGAAGCACGCCCCCACGCCAAAAGAAAGCUCGCCCAUUCCAGAGGCUACAACUGAGCAAGUCCAGGGCUUCUUCAAGGCAGUAAAGGAGUUUGCACCCAGCACCCUCGUACUGCAAAGCCUCACCGACAGCGAGGACACGGACACUGCUGUCAGCAGCGAUUGCGAGGACGACUGUGAUCCAGUUCCAACACCUGGGACUGUUGUUAACGUGGAGUGCCUUUACGGCUCUCUAGAUGAGCCAGCUGCAAGAGAAGCGACGCUGACAGCAGCAGAGUGCAACCAAGUGGAGCUCUGCACUCGCACUCAAGCAAGUUCCGACGAGUGGUUUGCGCAACGAAGGGGAAGAAUCACUGCAUCUGUUGUGGGAAAAGUACGCUCGUGUUGCACUGGGGCAGAGGGGAUCGUCUCCGAGCUAAUGGGCUACACAAAGACGCCCAAUGUGUGGAGCGUGAGGUGGGGCAAAGACAAUGAAGUGAAGGCGAGAAAUCGCUUCAUUGCGGAUGAGGCACCAAAACACAGAGGCUUCGAGGUGAAGAUGUGUGGCCUGCUUGUUGACUCUGAAAAGCCUUACUUAGGUGCUUCCCCAGAUGGAAUUGUGUCUUGUGGGUGCUGUGAUGACGCAGUAUUAGAAAUUAAGUGUCCAGCAACAUGUGCUAACCUCAAAAUCGAUCAAGCAAAGUCAGUACUGCCAUAUCUUGACAACAACAGUGCCCGUCUAAAAGAGGACCAUGCGCAUUACGCACAGGUUCAAAUGCAGAUGGCUCUGGCCAAGACAACCCGAGCAUUCUUUGUAGUCUACACAAAUGUUGACCUAAGUGGGGAGGAAGUGCUGUUCAAUGAAUGUUUUUGGAACACCACAAUGAGCAUUGCUGAAGAGUUCUACUUUAGCUAUGUUUUCCCGGAAAUCCACGGCAGAGAAUUGUUGAAGAAAAUUAAGGACGCCAAUGACAUGUGCAUUUGUAAAACGCAGAAAUCUGGAUCAGUCUUGCGAUGUGAUGCAUGUGACCGAGCCGUUCACAUGAAAUGUGUGAAGCUAAGACGUAUGCCUAAAAGAUGGGUGUGCUCUGCUUGCCAGCUUUGAGAAUAGGUCACCGUUUUCACGAUUCACUGGCAAACCAGAUUCCUUCUGUAGUUACGACUGCCUAGAGCUGAGCCGAUUGGCUUGACAUAUUUUGUGAGGAUUCCAGCUGAAUGCAGAGUAAAGA